CACAAUUCCUCGCUGGCGUCCACCCACACCCCCGACCUGUCCUUCCCCGGCUGGAGGCCGCGGGACUCCGGGGAAAGCUAGCCAGAGCGCCCAAGAGCCCGCGCUUGGUGUAACAGAUUGCCUUAUCUUGGAAGCUACGGGGCAGCGCUCAUCCUGAAGAUCAGGUGAUCCUUGGUAUCAGCCAUGUCAUCGAGGCCUUUUGAAAGUCCACCUCCUUAUAGACCUGAUGAAUUCAAACCCAAUCAUUAUGCACCAAGCAAUGAUAUGUAUGGUGGAGACAUGCACGUUCGACCAAUGCUGUCUCAACCGGCCUAUUCUUUUUACCCGGAAGAUGAAAUUCUUCACUUCUACAAAUGGACCUCUCCUCCAGGAGUGAUUCGGAUUCUGUCUAUGCUUGUUAUCGUGAUGUGCAUUGCCAUAUUUGCCUGUGUCGCCUCCACGCUUGCCUGGGAUAGAGGCUAUGGAACUGGCUUAAUAGGAGGUGGUAUAGGCUACCCUUACGGAAGUGGCUUUGGUACCUACGGAACCGGCUACGGCUAUGGUUAUGGCUAUGGCUAUGGCUACGGAGGCUACACAGAUCCAAGAGCCGCAAAGGGCUUCCUCCUGGCCAUGGUGGCCUUCUGUUUCAUUGCUGCAUUGGUGAUAUUUGUUACCAGCGUUAUCAGAUCUGAAAUCUCGAGAACGAGAAGAUACUACUUGACCGUGAUAAUACUGAGUGCUAUCCUGGGCAUCAUGAUGUUUAUUGCCACAAUUGUCUACAUAAUGGGAGUCAAUCCAACUGCCCAGGCUUCUGGGUCGCUAUACAGUUCACAGAUAUAUGCCAUCUGCAACCAGUUUUACACGCCUGCAGCUAGUGGACUCUACGUGGAUCAGUAUUUGUAUCACUACUGUGUGGUAGAUCCCCAAGAGGCAAUUGCCAUUGUCCUGGGAUUCAUGGUUAUUGUGGCUUUUGCUUUAAUAAUUUUCUUUGCUGUGAAAACUCGAAGUAAGAUGGACCGGUAUGACAAGUCGAAUAUUUUGUGGGACAAGGAACAUAUUUAUGAUGAGCAACCCCCCAAUGUCGAAGAAUGGGUUAAAAAUAUUUCUGCUGGCACACAAGACAUGCCUCCUCCCCCUUCUGACUAUGUGGAAAGAGUGGACAGCCCCAUGGCCUACUCCUCCAACGGUAAAGUGAAUGACAGGAGGUCAUAUCCAGAGUCUUCCUAUAAAUCAACACCGGUGCCUGAGGUGGUGCAGGAGCUUCCAGUGACUUCACCGGUGGACGACUUCAGGCAGCCUCGCUACAGCGGCAGUGGUAACUUUGAGACGCCUUCAAAAAGGGCACCUACGAAAGGAAGGGCGGGAAGGUCCAAGAGGCCGGAGCAGGACCACUAUGAAACAGACUACACGACCGGGGGCGAGUCCUGCGACGAGCUGGAGGAGGACUGGAUCAGGGAAUAUCCACCUAUCACUUCAGAUCAACAAAGACAACUCUACAAGAGAAGUUUUGACACUGGCCUGCAGGAAUACAAGAGCUUACAGGCAGAACUUGAUGAAAUCAAUAAAGAACUUUCUCGUCUGGAUAAAGAGUUGGAUGACUAUAGAGAAGACAGUGAAGACUACAUGGCUGCUGCUGAUGAGUACAAUAGACUGAAGCAAGUGAAGGGAUCUGCAGAUUACAAAAGUAAGAGGAAUUAUUGCAAGCAGUUGAAGAGUAAAUUGUCGCACAUCAAGAAGAUGGUUGGAGAUUAUGACAGACAGAAGACAUAGAAGGCAGAUGAUACCACAUUGUUUGAGAGAUUAAGAAGUUAUUUGACAUCUCUGCAAUGUUGUCAGAAGGCAAAAUGACUGGAUUCUAACCCAGGAAGACAAACCUUUGUCACAUUACAUACUUUUGGUGGCUUUACUAUCAUCAGUUUAAUAUCAUCAGUAUUGAAGCAUUUUAUAAAUAGCUUUUGAUAAUCAACUGGGCUGAACACUCCAAUUAAGGAUUCUGUACUUUAAACUUCGGCUCUUAUAUUAAGGACUGACUAUAGGUUGAGGUUUUUAAACCUUGAAGGCAGGUCCCAUGGUGAACUGUGCUAUGAACUUGCACACUCAGGCAGUGUUUUCUUAACACCUAAAUGCACUCACUAGUUCACAUUGGUGAUCUCAUCCAUUCCUCCCAGAAAUCUGUCUUCAGAACUGUUAUUUAUAAUCAUUUCUUUUCAGGUAGGGAGACUGGGUCCCUGCAGUGAAGGCUCUGAAGUGAAUCUGCCUGUUUCCUGGCUUAUAGUUUUGGUUAAGUCUGUUUUACGACUUGACUCCAUUAAUUAAAGUCCCUUGGCCUUUCCCUUAGCUCCUGUGGCUAGUGCAUUCUCUCAACCUCCCUAUUCGUUUUUUUGUUUUCUGUGUAUAAGUGGUUAAAAGAGCUUUUCAUUGUUGUGUGCUAUCCAGAUAAUAAAGAUCAUGUAAAAAUAACACAUGGUGAAACUUAAAGAUUGUAAAUACAUACAGGUAUUCACUUUUUAAAAAUCACAGUUUAAACCUGGUUAGAAUUUGGUUGUGUAUUUUAAAAUUCUUUUAAAUCUUUUAUGGUUUACAUGUGUGUUUGUUUCCUUUUUUUAAACCAACUAGGCUUUUUCAUUAUAUUAGAAUAUCUCAUUACAUUGCUAAUUCGGUUGUGACUUGGAUUGUAUCUUAAGAGAAUAUUCAAGUUCUGUACAUAUUUUAUAAGGUAUUAAACCUGGUGUUUUCUUUCAUAUACUUGUUUGACAUCAUUCGUGCUGUUGAUAUGAAGAUGUGGAAAAUUACACUCAGUUUUAUCUGAGUAUAUAGUUUAUUGCAUUAAACUAUAUUGGUUGCUGUGCUGGUUGCUGAAUUUCCCAGUCUUUCAGUUAUAAGAAGGCUGAUUUGUCUGAGAAUACAGCACAAUACAACAAAACAUCAAAUUAUUUCAGAUGGUGCCCUUGGUCUCACCACUUUUUUUUUUUUAAUUAAAAUUUUUAUUAAAGUAAAAUUAGCUGAUAGUAGUGGGCAUAUAGCUAGCCAAGUUGAUUGUUUUUAUCCCCCCCCCCCCCCACCACCAGUUUAGAGUGCUUUUUGUGAAAAUUUUGGAAGAAUAACCUUUAAUCAUUAGUAUGCAAUUCAGACAUUAUAUACAAGUCUGAAUCAUUUUCCAAAGAUAAACCUUAAAAUAAUGUUUCUUUUAUAACAUUGUUCAUUUCUUCAAAUUGAAGAAAUUCUUAAUUUUCCAUGUGCUGUACAUACUUACUACAAAAGGUAGUAGUUUAUAGUUUUCAUGCCUUUUGGAUUCACACCAAAUGGCAAGGACUCUUUUGAGGAACUUAACUCAUUUUUAUGCAUGCUAAAAUAUAAAUCUCUUUGUUCUUGGAAGUUCGUGUACUUAGAUUAUGAAGAUGGCAAAAUUGCCAGUGUUCUGACAAAAUAGUACUGUUCACCUGAAUGCAGAAAACCAAAUAGCAUGAGUUUCCAUUGUAAACUUGUGUCAUAAGGUUGAACUUUGAAAUAAAAAAACAAGAAAGUCAUUUUUCAAAUGUACUUAAAGACUGCUUGGUAUUAACCAGCUGGAUGUAACUUUAAAGAAGCACCCAGGCAUAUUUCUAGUUUGGAAAAAGGAGAUUUAGGUUAGAUGUCAGAAGUCUCUUCCAUGUCUGACCUGAGAUUCUUUUUAAGUUUUUUUUUUUUUUUUUUUUUUAAUGAAAAAGAGCAUGUGUGAGUGGGGGGAGGGAGAAUGGGUGAGGAGUGAGGAGGGGAGAGAGAGGGAGAGAGAGAGAGAGAGAGAGAGAGAAAGAAUCCCAAGCAGGCUCCACUCUGUCAGUUCAGAACCCGAUAUAGGGCUUGAACCCUCAAGGCAUGAGAUCAUGACCUAAGCGGAAAUCAAGAGGCAACACUGAACUGAGCUAUCCAGGUGCCCCUCUGACCUGAGAUUCUUAUGUGUGCUUCUGUCUUCUAUAAAGAACAUUCCAUACGUUCUGUUGUGAAAGGAUGUGGUCGUUAGUAAAGGUUAAUUGCAUACAGUGAUUCCCUUACGUAGGUGUUUCUGUGAUAAAAGGCAAAAUCAAUAUUUUAAUUUCUCUUUAUCUUGAAAAAUUUAAAGAAGUAUAGAAAAUGAAAAAUACAAAUAUCCAGGGUGCCUGGGUGGCUCAGUUGGUUAAGCAUCCAACUCUUGGUUUCUGCUCAGGUCGUGAUCUCACGAUUUGUGGGUUUGAGCCUCACGUCAGGCUCCACGCUGAUAGUAUGGAGCCUGCUUGGGAUUCUCUCUCUCCCUCCCUCUCUCUGCCCCUUCCCUGCUCGCUCUCUCUCUCAAAACUGAAUAAACUUAAACACAUAUAUCCACCACCAAGAAAUGACAGGUGUUAGUUUUGUCAUAUAUGCCUUUUAUUUUGUGAAAUAAAUUUAAGUCUAUUGGUACUUAUACUAAAAGUUACAUUGUAUACACACAUGAAAUUAUCACUUAUUCCUUAUAUCAUUCUAUUGAUGUUAUCAUUUCUCAUUCUCAUUUUACAGGAAAGAGAAAUAAUGUGGUAGAUUAGUCCACUGUCACAUACUAGCAAGUGUUUAAACUAGGAUUGGAAGCUUGAUCUGUUGAAAAUAAUAGGCUCUGUACUCCUGUUCUAGGUUGACUGUCACUAAAUUAACGUUUUGGGUAAGAAGAGAUUGGUCUGUAUGGUGUUAAUAAAAUUUUGUAUUUUAAUUGUAA